AUGUCAACAAAACUACCGGCUUCAUCCAUCCAGGAAGCAUUUCAGCCCAGACCGCUCACAGACUCUGAACUGAACCACUUCAACAACAUACCAUGGGCCAAAUCGAUCCUCCAACAGUCUUUGGACUUGCAAGGUGACAAUAAUCAAAGCGAAUUUGUCGCUUACUACAUGCCCACUCGCGUAGCCAAAGACUACACCGACGAAGAUGGGUUUUUCGCGGGUACAAUUGGCACCAAGGAAACGAUCCCAUACUUGGUAACUCUAUGUCGCCGCAAUCUCGACCAGGUAUCUGCAGCUUUACCUACGGAACCGCCAGCGACUGUAUAUGAUCCUAAAGCAAAAGGGGUGUUUACUCCGUCGCGGCCACCGGAUACCAUCACGCUGGUGUCCAUGUCAACGCCGGGAUUGAGUGGACAUCCCAAGACUGCGCAUGGAGGCGUAAUUGCGACGCUAUUUGAUGAGGCCAUGUCGCAUGCCGUCGAGGCGCAUUUGUCGGCUUCAAAUCCGUCGAGAUUGAGCACUGAUGUCCGAGACAGAGAUGCUCAGUAUACAGCGCAAUUGAACGUGCGAUACAGGAAGCCUGUAUACACGCCUGGAUUACUGGUCAUCCGGUCAUGGUGUCUUGCUCGCGAUGCGCGCAAGUUUUGGGCUCUGUCGCAUGCGGUCCAGGAAGAGCAGGAGGAUGGCGGUGGGCAAUUGGAAUGGGUUAAGAAAAAGAGUGUUUGCGCGGAGGCGUCAUCUUUGUGGAUUAUCACGCGGAGCGAGAAGCUCUAG